AUGAUGCCCCUGCUCCGGAGCCCUUCCGACAACGGGCAUGCCACCCUUGUCACCAUGCUUGGGAAGGCAGUUCGGGACAAUAUCACAAACGAGGAUCGCCUCGCAACGGAAGGCCCCCACGGAACGGCAGCGCAAAUCAUCCGCCAGUACCUGGAUCUUUCGGUUCCCACGAGUAUGGACGACCCCAUGGCGGUCAAGAUCAUGUACGCUCUGGACUGCGUCGUCAACCAUGAUACGGCCAUCAAGAGAAUGAAGAAGGAGCACAUUGUCGUGGAGCGGUGGCCGUUCACUUUGUUCCUUCGACCUGGCGAGCCCGGUGCCCGGGAGGAGAUCGACCGCAAGAUCGGUGGAGGCCUUUCGACUUUGAUCGGCUACCUCGAGUGA